ACUCCAACUCCCAGAAUGCCCGAGCAGAGUAACGACUACCGGGUGGUAGUGUUCGGCGGCGGGGUGGGGAAGAGCUCGCUGGUCCUUCGGUUUGUGAAAGGCACCUUUAGAACCUACAUCCCCACCGUAGAGGACACGUACAGACAGGUGAUCAGCUGUGAUAAGAGCGUCUGCACGCUGCAGAUCACAGACACAACAGGAAGUCACCAGUUUCCCGCCAUGCAGCGCCUUUCCAUCUCAAAGGGCCACGCCUUCAUCCUAGUGUACUCCAUCACCAGCCGCCAGUCGCUGGAGGAACUUGAUCCCGUGUCUCUCCAGGUUCUGGCCAUCAAAGGCACCGUGGAGGGCUUCCCAUCAUGCUUGUUGGGCAACAAAAGCGAUGAGACGGCCCAGCGGCGAGGUGGACACGAAGGAGGCGAGGCUCAGGCGACCGCCUGGAAGUGUCCUUCCUUCAUGGAGACAUCGGCCAAGACGAACUCCAACGUGAAGGAACUGUUCCAGGAGCUGCUGGCCCUGGAGAAGAAGAGGGACAUGAGCCUGAGCAUCGACGGCAAACGCUCGGGGAAACAGAAACGAGCCGACAAGCUGAAGGGGAAGUGCAGCAUCAUGUAGGGCGAAUGGCGGCGGCGGACUCGCUGAAGAGACGUGGAAACAGCAGAGGAGGCAGGACGGAGGACAGGCGCCUCCUCCUCCGUCUGUCUGAACACCGAAGCCCAGAGGAACAAAAUGAGACUGACUGAUGGAAACUUUAUUUAUACCAGGCUCCUCCUGGCCCCGAACUGGAUUGUGUUUUUGGCCCCGAAAUAAAAAAACAUUCACACACACCUGCCACCAUUAUAUGACACAUAAUAAAGGAAUACUCCACUGAAUUAGAAGAUUGAAAAGUACUGACAGACUCACAGUCUACAAUACCCAAAAUGCAUUGCAAACACGCUGAAACUGGGACUCAAACCGACCACUUUGGCGCUGCCAAAUUUGAGACCCAACUGGAAAGCUAGUACCUGUUUAUAUAUUUAAUCAGUUGUGGACCGUUAGCUUACAAGGCUAACGCAGUGCAUUGGGUCCACAGGCUAGCUGUCCCGAGGGGGAGUUCGGUACUUGCAGCACAUGAUGAGAUGGAAGGAGACAGACAAACUGGCAAAGUCAUAAAGAAAGAAAUUACUUUAUAAAUUAGAAAAUACCCAAACGGAGACCCGAGCUUUACAUAAACAGAAUGUCCCAAACCCAGAGUCAGGUUCAGGUUGUUGCAGAGGUCUAAUGUGCAACCUGGUUCCUCAAAUACAGACAGAGGUCGAACAAAAGCAAGUCAACGUCAGCAAGUAAUUUUAGCCUGAACGAGGCUUUUUUCUGAAAAAUUCAGAUUCAGAAUUCUGAAUCGAAUCUGAAUUCUGAAUCUGAAUUUUUCUAUCAUAACCUGCAACACCACAAGCUAAUGGGCUUAGCUAAUGAUAUGCUAACAUUUGGCCUCGGAAGUAACUUCUUUAACCAUCCUU